ACUUGAAUUCAAGGAUGAGUUCUACUCAAAUCACAAGAAUAUUAGACCUAACCCGUUACCUAAAAUUGUGGUUUUCAAAUGUCUUCAUGGCCAAGCAAUGCUACGAGUAAUCUCUCUCUUUCCAUUCAAUUUUUAGUAAUGUAAUGAAAAACAUUGAACAUUUGUGUAAAAUCCAUUGAGAUAAAGGGAGUCGAACUCAUAUAUAUACGUUUUCUAGGCCGAAGGCCUUGGGGUUAUUGGAGGAGUAGUAGCCAUUGGAGAAGAUUUUUUCCCGUAUAAAUACAUAACCAAAAUCCUACAAGUCCUCUGCACGUCUGUUGCAAUUCCCGUCGGGAAACCGAAGCCGAGUUGAUCAGCAGAAGAGCAAGCAUGAGUUACGAAAGGGUUCCUCAAGAUUCAUACCCUCCACCUGGGUACUCGUCUCCUCAUCCACCACCGCAGCAGGGUCAUCCUCAACUUCCAACCUACGAAGGGUACCCUCCACCACCCCUUCCUGGGUAUCCUGGCUAUCCACCGCCGCCUCCUGGGUAUCCUGGUUAUCCACUACCAACGUCACAGUCUCCAUACCCACCACCGCCUCCACCUGGGUAUCAGGGUUACUUCAACGGAGGGUACCCACCCCCACCUCCGCCACCCCAGCAGUAUCCUCCCUACCAGCAAUACCAAUACAACGAUCAAUCUGGCUGUACAUCAUUCCUUCAAGGCUGUUUGGCUGCACUUUGUUGCUGUUGUGUGUUGGAGGAGUGCUGCUUCUAAGCCUUUUUGGAGGCCUCAGCUCUGAUGUAUAUGGGGAUGUAGUACUUACUGCCGUCCACAUUCACAAUCUAUUCUGUUUGAUAUUCUUUUAAAAUCCUUUAUUUUUCUACUUAAUUAAGCAUGGAGAUUUAUAUUGUUGCAUGAAAAUUAUCAAAGUUGAAAAUCUUAAUUCUUA